CGUGGAUCCAAACUCCAGGAGCGGAUGAAUGGAAAGUGACGCACUGUAUUUCUAUUAUUUUGGCCGAUAAUGUGAGAAAUCUACCGCAUAUUUGUCACGUUUGACCAUGAACCCAGCAGAGGGAACCCAGCAGAUCGGACUUGCAGCGACUUUUUGCAACUUUUCCUCGGGUUUGGAUAAUCUGAGAUGAAAGUUUGACGCAUUUCACCAAGAACGAACAGUAGAGAUCUCAGGUGGUCAGCAUGUCCCUGUGGAUGAUCCUUCCUCUCAGUCUGCCUGUCUUCAUCAUCACAGGACUAUGGGUUGUAUAUGCGAUGGCCUUGUACAACCAGCACGUCUGUCCUGUGAAUAACUGGCUUUAUAAUGAGUCAUGUGAGGAGCAGCUUCCAUUUCAGAGGGGUCCUGUACUGUGCUGCACGCUGGAUAACAUACCCCUCAUCAGUAAGUGUGGGACCCUGCCUCCUGAAAGCUGCUUCUUCAGUCUUAUUUGCAGCACUGGGUCUUUUAUGGUGAUGCUGAUUGGCCUUCUGCGUUACGCUCAUGUGAUAGAGAAGCACCAGAACUGUAUCCUCAACACGGCGGGCCUUUCCACAGGUUGGAUCUGUGCUGCCGGGCUCAUCAUGGUGGGAAACUUCCAGGUGGAUUAUGCCAAAGUCCUCCACUAUGUCGGAGCUGGAGUGGCUUUCCCCUCCAGUAUGCUGUUUGUGUGUCUGCAGUCGGCUCUGACCUACAGACUAGCCAAGACCCAGGAGGAGUACAGGACCGGACAUCUACGGGUGGCCAUCACCCUCCUCGCACUGGUCGCUUUGGUGCUCAGUGGGGUUUUCUUUUGCCAGAUGAGCUUUGCCUUACAACACGCCUCUGCCAUUUUCGAGUGGGUCUACUGCAUACUCAUCAUGCUCUUUUACGGGACGUUUGCUUUUGAGUUUGGGGGCAUGUCAGGUGAUACUCUGCUGGUCCUGUCCAGAGGAGGCGGAGUUCAGAACUUCCCCUCCUCUGAGCACAAAGCAGAGGUGAGCACCAACCAUCACCAGCCAGACAGUUUAUCCAUGCUGUAGCUGAACAUCAAUGUGCAUCAUCACCACUUUUAUCAGGACAAAAGGGCAAAUAGAACAGACUGAGGACAAUCUGAAAGCCCUAAAGUGGAGCCAGGAGCCUGGAAACUGCACCAUGUAUAUCCCGCUUACUAUUGCACAUAACCAUGGCACCAAAGCUGUUCAAACCAGCGCUGACCCAAGACUGACAGACUUUUGUACUGCGUUAUAAAAGUGUAGACCACAGUGGAUCGACAUUGCACAACAUUGCACAUCACAAAGGCCAGCAAAAAAAUCGCCAAGAGAUAUUACAUGUACUCACACAUGCACGCAGCCCUUGUUUGUUUUAAUAGUCAUAUUGUAACAAUGACUUGGCUGUAGCUGCUUUUUACUGAAAGUGCCUCAGAUGUCUUUCCUCGACGUGCACAAAGUUGCAGCGUUGGCUUUGGUGUUUGUUUUUACAUGUGGGUGGUCAGACAACAAAUCCUGCAUUGUGAGUUUUUUCUCAGGAAGUUUUGUUACAUUUGCUUUCACUCUUACCUCAAUAGUAAGGCCAAAUUUUCCACAACCGCGAACAAUAGACGGACCAUUUCUGUGUGCCAAGUAUUGUGUGUUGCAUUUCAAGCUGUUUGGUUGUUGUAAUAUGUUAAGACAUUUGUAUUGUUACCCCAGGUUAUGACCUAGAUUUUUAUGCUUUAAACACUGCAAAAAUCCAAAUCUUACCAUGUGUAUUUUUCUCAUUUCUAGUCAAAAUAUCUCAUCACAGUUAAAAUAAGACAUAAUCACCUAAAGAAUAACUU